AUGGAGUCUUCUCAGUCUAACCCAGGCCCACUUGAGACAGGCACAACUAGUGCACCUGUUGAAUUUAGCUCAGAAAUUCGUGCUAGCCCAAGUGCUGUUCAUGACACAGAACAAACACCAAAUCCAGUCGGCACAACUGGCGAAGCGAUCACCGAACCAGCACCAGCUUAUACUCCAAACGCCGAUACCUCUGGGAACCAACCAUCCGAGACUAAAAUCACGGAAUCUCAACCAAGGGGAACUGCUCCAAUGGAGGCUAAACCAACUGCUCCUGUUGCCACGGUGACACCAUUAAACCUCCUAGGAGAAGUCCCCGCAUGGAUUGAUUGUCCAUUUUGCGAACGGAGAGCAUUGACUCGAGUUAAGGGGGCAGACUCCAGUACUACCAUGUUGGCCGCGUUGCUUUGUUGUCUUGUCUGCACAUAUGCGGUACAACCUGUAGCUAAGCAGAUGGUAGCUUCAAAGCAUCCACCUGCAGAGAAUCAGACUUCUCAGGGUCAACCGGCCCAACCCCAACAACCCCAAGCCCAACAGACAUCAGGAAAGGCUACUUAA